AUGUACAAUCUCAUUGAUGCAGCAGAGUGGAGGAGCCAUGAAUACUGUGUGUCAGAGCUCCUUCCGAAACUUAAGGACGCAAUGUAUGAUGCCGAAGAACUUCUUGAUGAGCUGAGAUGGUAUGAGAUGAAAGUGGAAUUGGAGGCCAAUGCUAGAAAAUAUCCUUUUAAUGACUUCUUUGAUGUUGUCAUUCAAGGUAGCUUCAACAAACUGAAUGCUGUCCAAGCAAGGAUAGACCAUCUUUCCAGUCAGAUGGAGAAAAUGGGGUUGCGGCAAGCUACACAACACUUUGACAGAUUAGUGAGGCCUGAGACUAGCUCUUUGCCAAAUGAAGCAAAAUUAUAUGGUCGUGACAAGGAACUAGACCAGGUGAUGGGACUUCUUAGAGUACCUAUAAAUUCAAAACGCAAGAGAGCACGUAGUUCAGGCAGUGCAUCAACUAGCACAUCACCAAGGAACCAAAUUAGUAAAGAAUCACGAAUACCAAGUCUUCCUGUUUUGCCAAUAGUCGGAAUUGGUGGUGUUGGAAAGACUACUAUAGCCCAACAUAUUUGCAACAAUAAAAGAGUGAAGUCUCACUUUGACAAGAUAAUUUGGAUUUGCGUCUCAGAUGACUUUGAUGUGAAAAGGUUAACCAAAGAGGCCAUCCAGUCUUGUUCGGGAAAGGAGGUAAGGAUUGAUAACUUGGACUCUCUUCAUCAUGCCCUUCGUGAACAUGUGAAGAAUAAAAGGUUCUUGAUUGUGCUUGAUGACAUGUGGGAUGAUGCCUUAAAAGAGAAUGGACAGUGUUGGAACAAGUUUUGUGCACCAUUAGAAAGUUUCCAAGAGGGAAGUAUGAUGUUGGUCACCACUAGAUGUCGAAAGGUUGCCGAGGGAGUGAGCACAAUGGAGCCCAUUGUAUUACAAGGUUUAAAGGAUGAUGUCUUCUGGGAUUUCUUCAAGGUAUGCGCAUUUGGAUCUGAUAGUUCUAACAAUGAUACUGAGUUAGAGCGCAUUGGUAAAAGCAUACUCGGUAAACUGAAGGGUUCACCUUUAGCUGCCAAAACUCUUGGACGCAUGUUAAGAAUGAACCUUCAAGCCUCACACUGGAAUACUAUACUGAAGAGUGAACUUUGGGAGUUGAAACAGGAGCCGACCGAUAUUUUGCCCGCCCUUCGGCUGAGCUACAUGUAUUUGCCAUUCUAUUUGAAGCGAUGCUUCUCAUUUUGUGCCGUGUACCCCAAAGAUUACAAAUUUAUAAAGGCAGACCUGGCUGAAAUUUGGGUGGCAGAAGGUUUUGUUGAAUCUCAAGGCGAUGAUCCAAUUCAAAAUAUUGGUUGUCAGUACUUUGAAGACCUUAUAAUUCGGUCCUUCUUUCAAAAAGUUAGUGGUGGAUACGUAAUCCAUGACUUGUUGCAUGACAUGGCACAAAAGGUUUCAGAGCAUGAUUGUUUCACCAUAAGAUAUAAGAAUGACUUUGAUAAAGUUCCUAAGAAUGUUCGUCAUAUAUAUGUACAGCCUAGCAGUGAUUUUGACAAUUCCAACUUGUUGAGCCUAUGCAGACACACAAAGUUGCGUACCAUAAUUUGCAAGAAGCAGUCGGGAAAUAAAACAAGUACUGUAAUGCACCACUGGUGUACUGAACUUCUGCGUAUCCGUGUGAUUUCCUGUGCCUCUACAAAUGAAUUACCAAAUAACAUUGGUAACCUGAAGCAUCUUCGAUACCUCAAGAUCUCUAAAGGUCGUCCUUUGAGCAUUCCUUCAACUUUCUGUUGGCUCUAUAAUUUGCAGAUUUUAGAUGUCAAAACAUGCAAGAUAGAAAGUUUACCCCAAGAUUUCGGUAACUUGAGCAAUUUACAGAGAUUUGAAUCACAAGGAUUUUUAUACCAUCUUGGGUGUAGCAUUGAUGUAGCUGAUAAGAAGGCACAAGGAAUUGGACUAAUCAAAAAUUUGAACCAAUUUCGUGGAGAUAUGGUAAUAAGUAAUGCUCAAAUGCUAAGCAAGGACCAUGCAACAGAAGCAGCACUGAAGAAUAAGAAAUAUCUUAACAAGUUGACGCUGGAGUGGUCAGGUGCUAGCAGGUCUCAAAUCAUGCAGGAGAAUGCGAUAGAAGUGCUUCGAGUUAUGCAACCCCUUACCAGUACCAGAUCUCUAUCACUCAAGUAUUAUCCAGGUCUUUCUCUCCCAAGCUGGUUUCAUCCACAGAACAUAAACUCAAAUGAGAUACCAGCUGUGCAUAAGAACAUUGAUGAUAGUAUUGGCAUUUCUCGGUCCCUGACGGAGCUGGACUUUCUUUGCUGCCAAGGUUUAUCAAGUCUUGACCAUUUUCUGCAUCCAGAUUAUGUACCAGCCAUCAAGAAAAUAAGUAUUAUGUUUUGCACAAGGUUAACAUCACUACCAACUGAAAGGUUUCAUAAUUUUUGUCAUCUGGAAAAAUUGAGUGUUAAUGAAUGCCCGAUUAUGAACUGGCAAAGAGGAUUGGUGUUACCAUCAUCUCUCCAAACUCUCACAUUGCAGGAAUGUGGGGAUUACUCUGCAUUUCGUUUGGAUUUGGAAUACUACCUGAUGCCAGCCAGCCUGAUACACAUCCGCACCUAA